AUGAUCGACCGACCGCUGCGGCUGCGGCUCCACAUCCAGCGCAAUGGCCUGCCCGACACGCGCGUCGUUUUUCUGUUGGCGGCCACCGACGACACGACCGUGACGAAGCUUCUCGAGCAGGUCAACGAGACUGUGCCACUCGAGAGCACCGACUGGGGGUUGGAUGACUAUGUGGUGGAGCUUCAGUCUACGACGUCGGCGUCCCGCUUCGAGUGCCUGCACUACCAGCUCGUUGCGAAGCUCUUUGACCGCGACGACGAAGUCUUCAUCCGUCCGCUGUCGUCCGACGACCUCAAGAUCCGCCGCAUGGGUGGCCGUCACCAAAUAUCGUCGGACGGGCGCCGGUUGGUGGAUGGUGUGCCGUUUGGGCGACCACUGCUCAAGCGUCCACACCGGCCACCGGUUGAGAUUGCACCCCGGAAACGCAGACGACCUCUUGGCAGCGGCAUCCCGGACGAUGGGGAGCAGCAAGAGGAUGAAGACGAGGAGGACGAGGAAGAUGAGCGGGGUAAACAACUUGUCAGGUACAUUUCCAACGAGGAGCACAGCGGCACAUCGUCCAGCGAAGAUGAGGACGACGUGGACGAGGAGCUGGACGAAGAACUGGACAAAGACGAGCUGCAAAAUCUGCGAGACGAUGUGGCCCAAGCACCAAGACGGGUGCAUUUUGCCACACGCGAUACUACGAACGGUGCAGAUGACGACAGUAGCGACGACGACGACGACGACGACGACUUUGAGGAUGCGGGCUCGGGCAGUGACAGCAGUGACAGCAGUGACAGCAGCGACGACAGCGGCGACGACAAGCCCCCCGAGAUAUCGAGUAAACAGAGCGCAGCCAACAUCGUUGCACCGCACCAGGGCAAAGCACGAACCAAGAAGCGAAAUGCACGCCGACGAGCCAAGCGUGCUCUGGACAAGAUCAAGGCACAAGAGGCGUCUGGGACAGCAGUGCUUGCUGAGCCUGCUGAACCUGCUACAGGACGCCUGGCAGAGACGACGUCUUCGACAGAAACGCCGUCACCACUGGCCCGCCGUCUACGACUUGACAUGAGUGCCGGCCAGCGGCUUAUCGCGUCUGCCCUCGGCCUCCGGGGUGGAAAGGCUGCGCCAAAGCCCACGACGGAGGUGCUAUUGUCGUCCCCGUCGACCGGGAAAGCGACAGUGAAAGAGAAUGAAAAGGAACAAGGAAACGAAAAGGCGCCUCCACGCACCCUCCCUGAAGGCCACCCCGACCACUGGGCAUCGCGGAUCAACUAUACGGCGGUCGAGUGCAGCGACGAGAACUUUGCGCUCGACGCUCCGACGUUUCCCUUUGUCCAGCAGUGGCACGGCAAUACGAAGAACAAUGGCAAAGCCAAAAAAGGCCAAAAAGGCCAGCAGCAGCACGUCAAUGCAGGCACCAAGCGGAAGCAGGUCAGCGUUGCGGCAGCGGCAGACGAGCCACGGCCCAAGAAACGCGCUGCGCCGGCCGCGGAAAGUGACACUUCGUCCGACGCGUCCGACAGUGAUGACGACAGUGACGAUGACAGUGAUGGCAGUUUUCAGGAUGAUUCCGGCAGCAGCAGCAGCAGCAGCAGCUCGGAUGGCGACUCUGACGAUGACGAACAGAACGAAGAGGCUGGUGUAGAAACGUCGGAAGAGACGGUCGUCGCCGAGGACGAAGAGCUGCCGCCACUGCCGGCCGAUAUUACGUCCCUGCCGCCUCUGCAGCUGGGCGACGCUGUCGAGGGCAUGAUUGUUACGUGGAAAAACUGGGUGCUGUCGGAAAAGACCAACUGGCAGCCGCAGGUGGCGGACGUGACGGGCAAAGUGGUGGGCGUCGAUGCGGAUGGCACAAAGCUGCGUGUGGUGCUCGCCCGUCGCGACCGCGACCUCGAUCGGAAGCCGGAAAAACAGUACGACGAAGAGACAGGCGAGCGUGUGUAUGGCCGCUUUGACGGGCCCGACAUGGAGGACGAGGGCGACGACAGAGGCGGCGAGCACGACGAAGAAGCGCAAGAGGCGGACACGGGACACCGCAGUCUUGUCUUGGCAGACAUGCUCGAACCACGCAUUCUCCAGGCGGCAGCGGCAGCGACAGUGACAGCGGCAGACGUCUGA